AGUUAUUUAACAACAUCAACAUCUUCAAAAACGAAAGAAAAUUUUACUUCCGCAAUUGUUGUUUAUCAUCAAUGUUUGUGGAAAUUUCCAAGGUGAAACGAAAGUAGCUUGAUAAUAUUCAUUAUUCAAUUGUCAACCACAGCGAAAGAUAAAGACUGAGCUGCAUGUAAGAAAAUGGCCGAGGGAUUACGGGUCGUGCGUGGUCCGGACUGGAAUCUUGGAAACGAAGACAGGGGAGAGGGUCACGUGGGCACGGUCGUCAGAGACAACGGAGAUCAAACGUAUGACGUUUACUGGGACAUGGGUGGAAAGUCCACGUGUCGAGUCGGGAAAGGCGGGAAAUUUGACCUGCGCAUUUUGGACAAUGCACCAGUUGGGGUGAAACAUCUGUCCCAAAGAUGUGAAGGCUGCCAGAAAAACACCAUCAUCGGCGUGCUCUGGAGGUGUGCCUCCUGUAAUGACGCCAACCUGUGCACCCCGUGUUACUAUCUUGACAAACACGAUCUAAGUCACCCAUUCCAAAGGAUCGAUAAACCCCAUGGGUCCAGUGUCCCUGUACCCAAGAGAUCCAACAGUGUUAAAAUGAAAGCACUGGGGAUAUUUCCAGGGGCAAAGGUCAUAAGGGGACCUAAUUGGGAUUUUGGAACACAGGACGGUGGAUCUGGAAAGAAAGGAAAGGUAGAAGACCUCCGAGGAUUUGGAUCAGAUGUAGGCGGAAGGAACGCAGUGCGCGUGCGUUGGGAAACAUCAGGGGAGGCAAAUGUGUAUCGUGUUGGAUGCCGCGGGAAGGUUGAUCUACAGUGUGUAGAAGAAGCUCCUGGCGGCUCUUAUUACAGAGAACACCUUCCAGUUGUCGGAAAAGUCGAAAAGAAGGAUGAGAAGAAGUCCGUAACUUUAGACGAGACGUCCGAGUCCUUGCUGAAGAAGGGAGAUAAAUGUGUUAUUGAUAUGCCGGAAGUGCCAUUAAAGGAACUACAGCGGGGACAUGGAGGAUGGUCCAUUAGAAUGUCAGAGUGCAUAGGCGAAAUUGGAGUGGUUAAAAAUUUUCCCAACGACAGUACAGUCGAAAUUGAAUACAAAGGAAAAUCCUACCAAUUUCACGCAGGCGCAGUCAGAAAGGUUUACGACGUCAAAGUGGGCGAUGUUGUGCAGGUUCUGAAGGACGAAACAAAGGCAAUUCUUCUCCAACGAAAUCAUGGGGGUUGGAAUGAUGACAUGAAAAAAUCGCUGGGUAAGGUUGGUAAAGUGGUGAAGAUAGACUCAGAUGGUGACGUGGCUGUUGCCUUUGGUAACCAGGCUUGGGUAUUCAACCCUGGAUUGCUGACCCCUGUCACAGGGGGUAAUGUUGAUGUUCUGGAUGGUGACGAGGCAGAAAGCGACAGUGAUCAGGAGGAAGAGGAUGAUUCCAGUGGUUCACUAGAGCCCGAUGAGAGAUUCCAAUUAGGAGGAGGUCUUGCACAACUGAUGGCACAUUUAGUGCUCAUGGAAGCUUUGGGUGCUCGGCAGACAGUCGGACCUGAACAAAUGUUCAACGCAUGCGCAAAAGGCAAUAUAGGGGCUGUAAACGAAAUGAUUAAGAGAAAGAAAGAUCUGGUUAAUAGUUGGUACAAAGAUUUGAGUCCUUUAAUGGUUGCUGCACACGAAGGACAUGAAAACGUUGUCAAGCUACUGUUACAAAAUGGAGCCCAUAUCAAUGCCACCAACAAAGAUGACAUGACACCUUUACUUGUUGCAAUAAUAGGAAAAGAGGCAGAUGCUUCUCUUUGUUUGAUAAAAUGCAAGGCGGAUGUUAAUGCAUGCAACAGACUCGGCCGAAGUCCUGCUCAUAUGGCCGUUCAGUACGAACUAUAUUCGGUUUUAAAGGCAGUUUUGGAAGCUGGGGCAAGUCCAAAUAAACAGGACGUUGAAGGGGAUACUCCACUGCAUGACGCCAUUACAAAGAGAAGUGAUCGAGCUGUUAAUAUUCUUCUGAGUCAUCCCCAAAUAAACCAGAAAUUGCUGAACAAAAAAGGGCAGAUACCGUUGAUGUGGGCAGCUAUGCAGGACCACGAGUUCGCGGUCGAGCGUUUGAUUGAAAAGGAGCCCAGUCUCGUCAAUGCUAAGAAAAGUGAUGGAUACACAGCUCUCCACAUUGCUGCAGUAAACGAUCAUCAAGAUUCCGCAAAUAUUUUAAUCCUAAAGGGAAAAGCUCAAGUAAGUGCACAGGAUAAGCAGGGAGUAUCCCCACUUCAUUUAGCAGCCCACGAGGGAUAUGACAAGAUGGCAAAAAUUUUGAUUGAAAACGGAGCUGAUGUGGACUUACGAGAUAAUGAUGGUGACACUCCUCUACAUCUGGCUUUGUGUGGACGCCGACAAACGGGAGGAAAUGAUCCAUUUUUGCAGCUUCUCGGGCUUACUGUUAAUCCCAACGCACAAAACCAAGAGAGAUAUAACAUGGCUGUCCUGAUGCUUCAAAAAGGGGCAGACUACAACAUUAACAACAAGCAAGGUAACUCUCCCCUCGAGGUGUGCAGGAACGGCGAACUGAAAAGGGCCGUCACCAACUUUAUCCAGAAACACAGACUGUCUAAUAGACCAUCAACAGGUCGAUCUGGGGCUAGUGGACAGUCUACUUCAGCGGCUGAAGCCCUGCAGGAGUUGUUCUCAGAGCUGCCCAUUCCCUGUGUGAGAUGUAAAGACUCCAUGGCCAACACACGCCUCCUUCCCUGUAAACACAAGGUUCUGUGUGUGGACUGUAGCUUCAAAAGUCGCAUUUGCCCUUUGUGUAAAGUUCCUGUCUCCAACAGAUGUGACCUUCAGGGUCGCAUUUUGGUCGACCCGUGCCGUGUGCAGUGAACAGUCAAUCAGUUCCAUGGGAUAUACUGAGGAAAUAUUCUGAAGAGUAGAUUGAUUUUUGCAUAACUUUUGUAUUUGAUGUUAUUAACCCUAUGUGGAAGAGUAUAAUAAACAUUCAUAUAUAUAGUGUAUAUAAUAUCUUGUGAAUUUUAUAUUGUCUUGGGAGGGCUUGAUGGUCGUGACUAUUUUUAGACUAAUAAUCUAAUCUCCUAUAAAUGAAGAGCUUUGUAUAACGAUAUAGGAAAAACAAAAAAUUCAAAGCUAGAGUAUAAGAAUUUUCCUUUACUAAGUUAUUCUUAAAUCAAAAUACAUUUAACCGUAUUUGAAAAUUUAAAAGAGAUCUGAUAAAAUUUUUUUGAAAAUACGACUUCCCUUAAUUUGUUAAAUGAUGGUGGUCAAAGUCAGGACAUUCAUUAAUAUAAAAAAAAAAUAUUUUAAAAUAUUUCAAUUUUGCAAUGUUGUAAUAAUUAUACAAAACAUGAUUUACAAGCUGCUUAGAGUCGCUUUUAGCUGUACUGUGAAAGGUAUUUUUAAUAUCAAUCCAAAUAAAAUGUUUUUUUAUGUACUUGACAAUUUGAUGCAUUAAUUCUUGAUUUACUACUGUUAUUGCUUUUUGUGUGAAGUUAUUAUACAUGUAUAUACGUUUACAAUAAAAUGUUAUUUGUUUGUG